UCUGCUGGGCGGCCACUUUGCCCAUUGCUAUGAAUGAACAAUCUUUGCUACAUGAGGGUGUCGAGAACUCAACAAAUACGCUAGCAUUCGUCUUCUGUGGCUGUUUUCUUCGACGCAUUCACAUAUUGCUAUGGCAACAUUUAAGACUUGAACUACAAAAUCGAGGAGUUGGCCGGGAAAGCUUGACAAGCACAGCCUGUCAGAUGGUGCCAGCAAGUUAAUUGUAUCACCCCUUGUGCCUACUACCUCAGGCGUGGCCAUCAAUCAUUGAGGGACAGGAGCUUACAAAACUAUGAUUCAGGAAAAAAAAAUCAUAGAUCAACUUGUGCCAUCUGCUACAGGAAUACUUGAAGUUAGUCCUCAGUUCAGGAGGAACUUCACUUUCUCUUUUCAGCUCGCAGAUUAAUGAGAAAAUGGAUUCUGCAUCUCAAGGAAAGAAAAUGGUGGCACCCACUGUAUCUCAGAUAAAUGCUGAAUAUGUUACUCAGCUAUCCAAUAGAUACUGGGCACCUCACGUGAAGAAAAAAAUGACUUUUGAACCUAAGGUCAUUGAAGACGUGUAUCAGAAAGAGAUUGUAAAGACAAAAUUUUCAAUCAGAAAAAUUAUGCUGCUUGAGUUCAGCCAGUAUCUGGAGAAUUAUCUCUGGCCAAACUAUUCUUCUGAAGUAUCCAGCAAUGCUUAUUUGAUGUCCAUUUGCUCUAUGGUGAAUGAAAAAUUUCGAGAAAAUGUUCCUGCGUGGGAGAUCUUUACGCAGAAGCCUGAACACUUUCCCUAUUUUUUCAAGUGUAUUUUGACUGCAUCUCUUGCUGAAGAAAAUAAAGGUCUUACAUUGCGAGAACAGACUGUCCUCUUGGUCUUUCUCGAUCACUGCUUUAACAGCUUGGAAGUAGACCUAAUUCGAGAACAAGUGCAGCGGCUUAUCUCUCUCCCAAUGUGGAUUUGCCUGCUUUCUACACGACUUGAGCAUGAGCUGAAAAAAACACCAAAGCUGAGGAAAUUCUGGAAUCUAAUUAAAAAAAAGGAGAAAGUGGAUGAAAAAUCUGCAGAACAGGCAAAUCAAGAAAAAAGAUUUCUUUCUUGUCUCAUCAGCAAAUUUCUCGGCGUAUUAAAAAACAUUCCACUUUCAGGGCCAGUCAGCAUGGAUGUGGUUCAUUACUGUGAAAGAUUUAUCGAACUAAUGAUAGACUUGGAGGCACUCCUUCCAACUCGACGAUGGUUCAGCACUGUACUGGAUGAUUCUCAUUUAGUCACUCACUGCUAUCUAUCUAAUCUGGUCCAAAGAGAGAAGGAGGGUCGACUUUUUUGCCAGCUGUUAGAAAUGUUGAAGUUUUACACUGGCUUUGAAAUUAAUGAUCAAACUGGAAAUGCUUUGACUGAGAAUGAGAUGACUACAAUCCACUAUGAUCGGAUCACCUCUCUUCAGAGAGCAGCAUUUGCACACUUUCCAGAACUACAUGAUUUUGCUCUGUCUAAUGUCGCAGCUGUUGAUACACGAGAAUCUUUAGUAAAACACUUUGGAUCACUUAGUGCCAAUACACUUCAUAAAGUGGCAUCAAAUCUUUGUCUUUUGCCAUCACUACCUGAGGCAGAUAAUACCUCUUACGAAAAGCUAUUUCUUUUAGAAAUGUUGGUGUCCCGACAUGAACGCAGGACAUCACAAAUUCAACAAUUAAAUGAAAUGCCACUUUACCCCACAGAAAAAAUAAUCUGGGACGAAAACAUUGUACCAACAGAAUAUUACUCUGGAGAGGGAUGCCUUGCAUUACCUAAACUGAAUUUACAAUUUUUGACGCUUCAUGACUACUUAUUAAGAAAUUUUAACCUCUUUCGCCUGGAAUCCACGUAUGAGAUUAGACAGGACGUUGAGGAUGCAAUCAGUAGACUUAAGCCAUGGCAGGGCGAGUAUGGAGGAGUUGUAUUUGGUGGCUGGGCUCGAAUGGCUCAGCCUAUCGUCACUUUCUCCAUUGUCGAAGUAGCAAAACCCAAUAUUGGUCAGAACUGGCCAGCAAGAGUCCGUGCGGAUGUGACCAUCAACCUCAAUGUUCGCUCUCAAAUCAGAGAGGAAUGGGAAGCACUUCGCAAACAUGAUGUGUGCUUCCUUAUAACUGUUCGACCAGUAUUGGCUUAUGGCACAAAGUUUGAUCGAAAGCAGCCAUUCGCAGAGCAGUAUGGGCUUGUGUUUGUGCGAGGAUGUGAAAUUCAAGGCAUGCUGGAUGAGAAAGGACGGGUCAUUGAAGAUGGUCCUGAGCCUAAACCAAAGCUGAAGGGAGAUUCACGAACCUACCGAGUAUGGUUGGAUCCCAACCAGUAUCAGCAGGACAUGAGCUUCUCCAUUCAGAGUGGAGCGGAAGAUGUCUAUGAGACCUUCAAUAUUAUCAUGAGAAGAAAACCCAAGGAAAAUAAUUUUAAGGCAGUGCUCGAGACCAUCCGCAAUCUAAUGAAUACAGAGUGUGUAGUCCCUGACUGGCUUCAUGAUAUAAUACUCGGAUAUGGAGACCCUGGAAGUGCUCAUUAUUCUAAAAUGCCAAAUCAGAUUUCCAAACUAGAUUUUAAUGAUACCUUUCUCUCUACUGAGCACCUGAAAGCUAGUUUUCCUGGGUGUACUAUUAAAACAACGGUUGAGAACUCUGCUCUGCAAAAGCCUCCCUUCAGGAUCACGUUCCCCUUGCAGCUUGGAAAAGGGAAAAAACGAAAAGGGGAAAAUGAUGAUGGAGAGAAGGAAGCGACUACAACUUUAAUUGUUGAACCUCAUGUGAUUCCAAACAGAGGACCUUACCCGUAUAACCAGCCAAAGAGAAACACGAUUCAAUUCACACCAACACAGAUAGAAGCAAUUCGGGCUGGUAUGCAGCCAGGGCUAACAAUGGUAGUAGGCCCACCAGGUACAGGAAAAACUGAUGUGGCUGUACAGAUAAUUUCUAACCUGUAUCACAACUUUCCAGAGCAGAGGACUCUCAUUGUGACACAUUCUAACCAGGCAUUGAAUCAGCUGUUUGAGAAGAUCAUGGCUCUGGACAUUGAUGAGCGUCACCUUCUACGUCUGGGUCACGGAGAGGAGGAGUUGGAGACUGAAAAGGAUUUUAGCAGGUAUGGUCGGGUAAAUUACGUGUUGGCUCGGAGACUCGAAUUAUUGCGUGAAGUGGGACGAUUGCAGGAGAGUCUGGGAGUCCCUGGAGAUGUUUCAUAUACUUGUGAAACAGCAGGGCAUUUUUACCUGUAUCAGGUGAUGUCACGUUGGGAAGAAUAUCUCAGCAAAGUAAAGACCAAAUGUGGAAAGUCUGGUGAUGUUACAACAGUGUCUGAGAAUUUUCCAUUCCAUAAAUACUUUGCAAAUGCACCCCAGCCUAUUUUUAAAGGUCAAUCAUAUGAAGAAGAUAUGGAAAUAGCUGAAGGUUGUUUCAGACACAUCAAUAAAAUAUUUACUCAGCUGGAGGAAUUUCGAGCUUUUGAAUUGCUGCGCAGUGGGCUGGACAGAUCAAAAUAUUUACUAGUGAAAGAAGCAAAGAUCAUUGCCAUGACAUGUACUCAUGCUGCUCUAAAACGACAUGACCUAGUAGAGCUGGGGUUCAAGUAUGACAACAUUCUGAUGGAGGAAGCUGCACAGAUUCUAGAGAUUGAAACCUUUAUUCCCCUCCUCCUACAAAACCCUGAGGAUGGCUUCAGUCGACUGAAGCGUUGGAUAAUGAUCGGGGAUCAUCACCAGCUACCCCCUGUCAUCAAGAACAUGGCCUUCCAGAAAUAUUCCAACAUGGAACAGUCUCUCUUCACACGAUUUGUUCGUUUGGGUGUUCCAACAGUGGAUCUUGAUGCCCAGGGGAGAGCAAGAGCUAGUUUGUGCAAUCUUUACAACUGGCGUUACAAGAAACUAGGCAACCUUCCCCACGUCCAGAUCUUGCCUGAAUUUUGUACUGCCAAUGCCGGUUUAGUGUACGAUUUCCAACUUAUUAAUGUGGAGGAUUUCAAUGGAAUUGGAGAAUCUGAGCCCAAUCCAUAUUUUUACCAGAAUCUGGCAGAGGCUGAAUAUUCAGUGGCCCUUUUUAUGUACAUGCGCUUGCUAGGGUACCCUGCCGAAAGAAUCAGCAUCUUAACAACAUACAAUGGUCAGAAGCAUUUGAUUCGUGAUGUUGUCAAUCAGCGUUGUGGCGGUAAUCCUCUUAUAGGACGACCAAGCAAGGUCACCACGGUGGACAGAUUCCAGGGACAACAGAAUGACUAUAUUAUCCUCUCAUUGGUACGAACUAAGGCUGUUGGACAUCUAAGAGAUGUUCGGCGAUUAGUUGUUGCCAUGUCAAGAGCCAGGCUUGGGCUUUACAUCUUUGCAAGAGUAUCGCUGUUCCAGAACUGCUUUGAGCUUACGCCAGCCUUUAAUCAGCUAACAGCUCGACCCCUUCAGCUACACAUUGUGCCAUCUGAGUAUCACCCAACAAACAGAAGGAAUGGUAAUAUUCCAACCCAUUUGAUGAGAGUUAUCAAAAACAUGCCUGAGAUGGCAAACUUCGUUUAUAAUAUGUAUAUGCAGAUGAUUCAGAAUAUGCACCAAUACAGAAAGCAGUUACUUCCACCACCAGUGCCCCAGUCAAUUAAAGAACCAGCUCCUGUUCCAGAUAUUGACAAUGUAGAAGAAACAGAGGAAUCAGUCCCUGAGAAUAAAGAUGAAGAGACUACAGAGGAGGACUUUAAGCAAAUGCCUGAGCAUCCUGGCAGGGACAGUGAUAGUGAGGGCAGUGGAACUGAAGAAGACAAAGAAAGCUGAUGGUUCCUUGCACCAAAAAUGAUAAAGGUUCAAAUGAAUGGCCAUCUAGAAGUUGGACAUCUCAUUUUGUAACUUGCCAGACUCUUUAUAUAGAACAUUAUUCAGUAUUCUCAAGUGUUGUCACAGUUUCAGUUGUAAUUUUGAGAUUUUGAACAAUCUAUUUUGUAACUUCAAAGAUGUUUUAAUAAAUUUUCUGAGAAAAAAAUCAGUGAGCAUAUCUAUAACAAUCAGCAGCUUUUGAUUUGCUGUCUUGGUAGACUGUUGGUAGUGGUGACGGAGUAUAAAAAGGAAUAGAAGGUAAGGGGAACAAAACAAUAUAAUUAUCCUGAUUUUGACUUUAAUUUCUGGAUAAUGGUAACUCCCAAGAAGUUGAUAAUAAUGCACAUUCAGUGAUGAAAAUGUCAUUGAAUCCCAAGAGGAGAGGGUUGGAAUUUUUCUUGCUGGAGGUUGUCGCUGCCUAGUACGUGUGUGGUGUAAAUAUUAUUUGUUUUGUAUUCCACAGCAAAUAAACCACUUCCUGAUUGUCCAAA